AACUUUUUAUGUGCUUUCCUUAAGUGUUAUUGAUUUGUAGAGUUAAAAAACAGAUAAUCCUAACAAACCUCAGCUGUUAGAGAAACUUAUGAUCUGUCUUUCUUUCCUCUAAUCGUUUUAUUGUGUGUACUGUAUCUAACCGCCAGAUCUCACCUUGUCUCCUCUCUUUUGUUGUACCACUUUUCUUCAAACCUGACCCAGCACAUAAGCACUGAGUUGGAUACUGGUUCUUCUGACUGCUGUGUUGGACCUUGGUUGACACAUCUGGUAUCAAAGGACUUUUCUGACAUUCAAAUGUAUAAAUAUCAUUCACUCAAAUCUUCAUUUAAGCAGCUUUACGUUUUUCAUUGUCAUUGUGCUCACUAUAAAAGACUCAGCAGAUGAGGACUGGCUCACUAGUGAUGCAUGAAGGUCCACUGCCUGUUCAGCAGCAGCCUAACAGGCACAUUCACCCCCAGGCUGUCGGGGUCGCUUUGGGUGAUCUGCAAGGUCAAGUUCCCCUCCUGACUCAAAGCUCCAACAGCAAACUGAGAACCAUGUCUGAACCUGUUCCUCUGCUCUGUCAUGCUCAAAUAUUGAAGGAGCUGAAGAUGGACAUCAGCUCCCCCUGUAAUACAGUUAAGCUCGACUUAAACAGUUCAGAAGUGGCUCCUGGAACAGGUCUGGACAUGGAGGUGUCCGGCCUCGGUUAUCAGGUGGAGGCGGAGUUUUUGAAACAUGGUGGAGCCAUAUCGCCUCAGCAGCAAGAAGGGAGCCCGAUAGAGACCUCCUUAUCUGAUGAGUUUCUUCCUGCCUUUUCACCAGCCCUGGAUAAAAGUAGUUGUAACCAUCUGCCAGCAUAUGUGAAUGCACCAGAGGACAGUUCAUUGGAUCUGCUAAGAAUAGUAAAGCACAAGCCAAGUGCCAUUGUGUUCUGUGAUUAUGAUUUUAGCUCUGACAACCAGGUGAUCGUUGCCAAUGAGAGCUCAGAUGGCGGGGAAUCCUCCUCGUCGACCAAUGAAGAGGGAGAGGGUGACGAUGAUGGUGAUGAGAAGGAUGAUUUUCCCGAGACGUUAAAAUAUAAGGAAUUCCUGGUCAGCCGUCGGCGUAGAAACUUGAGCAGGAACAGGAAGCGCUUGAGGACGAGAAAGGAUGCCCAGCCUAAUAGCUCUGCAUCUAUCUGGCAAAAGGCCACCGAUGAGGGCAAACCUGAGUUCACAGGUAGCCAGGAGGAAGAGGAUACACUGCAGAACAAUGGAAAACAGGCUGCUGCGUGUGACUCCAUGACCCUGCUGAUGAAAAAGUUGGAUCACCUCAAUGAGGGGAUCCAGGAAGUCCAAAGCACUAAUCUCUCUCACUCGGACAUGGCCAGUGUUGACGAGGAGCAGUGUACCACGGGUACCCCGGCUGUGGGCAGAAUGGCGUGCCGAGCCCCGAGUCAGGAUCAGGGAACCGCCAGAGCUUCAGACAAACCUGAGCCGCUGACCAGGCGCCCCUCACGACCUUUGACCCGCAGCAGACCUCUGACUCGCUCGUCCCUCUCGUCCCCUACACAUUUCCAUGCUCGACAGGCCAGGGCUGCUGCAAGGAUGACCAGUGGAUCAGCAGGGGGGCCUCCUUAUCGGGCUGCAGGUUGUUGUGACCAUCCUCAGCGUGUACCUUUGAUGUAUUUUUGUAGUGUGACUUUUGUCUUAAAUGUCCGUGGGCGUGAGCAAGAGAGGGAAUGCAUGCCAUGUCGGUAUGCGGUUUAAAUUGAAUCUGCCCUCAAGCCGCGGAGGAAAAUGUUUCAAUCCCUGCAAAGAUGAAAGGAUUUAUUUUCAAUGCGUUGUUUUCUGAAGAAUUAAUAUGCAAUAACAGAGUAUUUUUAUAUAGAUGCUUAAGCGCUUUGAUCUCAACUUCGUUUGCAUUUCAGUAAGCUCUUAAUCUUUGAGGUCACUUCCAUGGUGCAGACUUACCUCACUUGUACUACACAUGCUCAAAACCUUGGCUGUCUUGCUUUUUCUGAAGUAUUUGUAAAUUUGACUCACCCUUCAUUUAUGUUAAUAGCAUGAUUUGGAGACCUAUUUCAUUAUGUAAUAUGGAGUAUGGAGAGUUAAAACAAUUCACUUGCUUAAUCACAUAAUAUGGAAAAUUUUAAUAAUUAAAUUUUCCCCCCUGUCAGAGAGCAUAGCAGCAACAGGUACAGAUGAUAGCAUUAUAUUGUUGAAAAGAUUUCUGUGCUGGACCAUUUUAUACAUCGUACUUCUACUCCCCCAAAGAUACAUGCUGCCUUCCUGAAUUUUACACAUUUAUAGGACAAAACCAGAAGUAAGACAAUGUCAACAAAUGUAAGUAUUGACUAAAUCGUAUUAUAAAUUUAAUUAUACAUCUGUCAGUGCAGACCAGCAGUCAGACUAAUAAAACACUUUUUUAGGACUUGAAACAAAGUUUAGGACUCGGGACUUGUUGCACUUGACAUGACACUUCACGUGGGACUUGAGAUUUACUUAUGACUUGCAAAAUAAUUAUUUUGUACACCUUUGAUCAAUAACAAUAACUGUCACAUAAUAAAAGUGAAUGGUUCCAUCACAGAAUGCUUUACAUCAAUUCAAGAAAAAGAAAUCUAAAAUUCAUAUGGUAAUAUCAAAGCAAACAUAAAGGAUUCUGUUGUCUGGAGUGGAUAAUGUGAAUAAUACUCUUUAUGUACAGUAUACCCUACAUAAGCAUUAUAUACAUUUGCUGUUCCUGGAAUGUGGACGGAGUCCAGCAUAUGAAUGUAGUUUUAUUCCAGCUAUUUAUUCCAGCUAAGUACACUACUACUGCUCUGGCAAAAAAUUAUCGUUCAAAGAUAUUUUAAGACAGUGCUGCUAUUUUAGAGCAGCUGAUAAGCUUCAAAUGACCUUGGCAUGAACCACUGACACACAUUCUCUACACUUUCACUGCAGUCUGUGAUUAUAAAAUAAAAUCCAUCAGAAUGUUCACGUUAUUAGAAAGCGCUUGGUUAGGCUGUGGGAAAUCUAGACCUAUGGCCUUGAUGCCCUUUUAGUGCAUCCUUUGCAUGUCUGUAAGUUUUUAAUAUGUCUAACUGGAGGGAUUCAGCUGAUUUAUUGCUCUUGCAGACUUCUGACACACAUUUGCCUCAAGACAGCGUGAUGCAAAUACUUAAUCUAAAUGUUUUCCCUUCGUUUUAGUUGUUAGUAACAUCGCAGACUCUCUUGACAUUUUGUGUAAAAGUAAUAAAAGUGUCAGAGAUUUUUGUGUGUCCAUGUGGCUAUGAAUGUCAUCUUAUGUGUUUGUGUAUGUGAGAGACCAUUAAAAAAAAAUACCACUGAGUGUAAUGCAUAAGAUACCUCACACAGAAAAGCAGUUGGCUCAGCAAUUA